CAGGAUCAAAAUCACUGCUUAGCACUGCCAACAAAGCCUUUGUUGUUGCCAUUUCGAAGUGUUUUUUUUUUUCUUUUUUUUGGGAAGAAAUGGUUGAAGUAAAGCAACCGGAGAUAAAACUAUUUGGGAUGAAGAUUGUGCUGCGGAACGGGAAAAAGGUUGCCGUGGUCGCCGGCGGCGAGUCUUCCGACCAGAUUGAUGAUGAAAAUUGUGGUGGGUCCGAUAAUAGGUUCUGUUUAAAUGAUAAUGAAGUGAGCAGAGUCGACCAAGAAGAAGAUGCAGAAAAAGCAGAUGCUGAUGAAGAAAAACAGCAGAUUGAAGAGGACGGAUUAGCACGACAGUGUUGUGAAUCAAAACCACAAGAAAAGGACCAGCCUCCAGCUUCAGGGGAAUCCCUAAACUCUAAUCCUUCAUUGGAAUUUGAUGAUCCAAAAACUCCCCACAUUGAUGAAGAUGUUGCAUCAGUACAUCCUCCUAAAAGUGAGAAUGAUCAAAGUGAUGAAACUAAUUCACAGCACAAAAAACUGAAAAAGCCUGACAAAAUCCUUCCAUGUCCUCGCUGUAAAAGCAUGGAUACAAAGUUCUGUUACUACAACAAUUACAACAUCAAUCAGCCUCGCCAUUUCUGCAGGAGUUGUCAAAGAUAUUGGACAGCUGGUGGUAAUAUGAGGAAUGUGCCAGUGGGUGCUGGUAGACGCAAGAACAAGAAUUCUGCCUCUUAUUGUCAUCAUAUUACAAUCCCUGAAGCCCUUCAAGCAUCUAGAAUUGACAGUCCAAAUGGAUUCAAUCACUCAACAUUUAGACCUAAUGGCACUGUUCUGUCCUUCACUCCCGACUCUCAAGUUUGUGAAUCGAUGGCUUCUGUUCUGAAUCUUUCAGAGAUAGAAGUACCAAAAGGUAUUCGAAAUGGUUAUUAUAUAACUGAUCAAGAGACCCCGAUUCCUUGCAAAAUUGUCGAGAAUGGUGAUGAUUAUUAUAGUGGAUUGGCCGUCACAACAUCAAAGUCAACGAUAGAGGGAGGCAAGAAUGGAUCCCUCGAGCCCAUUGUGCAAAAUAUUAAUGGGUUUCCGUAUCCAGUUCCGUGUCUUCCAGAGGUUCCUUGGCCUGUACCCUGGGGUUCUGCAGUUCCAGUGCCACCAAUCUACCCUGCAGGAUUUCCCAUGCCAUUCUACCCUACACCUUAUUGGAACGUUACAUGGUUAUCGUUACAGUCGCCUACACCAAGUCAAAAGGCAUUGGGCUCCAGUCCCGACUCACCAUUGGGCAAGCAUUCAAGGGAUGGGGAAUUGCUCGUGCCAAACAAGCCGGAGAGUAAAGAAUGUAUAGUAGAGAAGAAUUCAGAAAGUUCUAUUGUAAUCCCAAAAACUUUACGGAUUGAUAAUCCUGAUGAAGCUGCAAAGAGUCCAAUAUGGGCAACGCUUGGGAUCAAGUAUGAUUCUGUAACAAGAGAAGGCCUUUUUAAGGCCUUGCAGCCAAAAUUUGACAAAAAGAAACCUGUGGCUACUGCUUCCCCUGUAAUGCAUGCGAACCCUGCAGCAUUAUCUAGGUCCAUUGGCUUCCAGGAGAGUGCCUGAAGUGAUAUUUUAACCACUUAUCGGCUUCUCCAACGAGUAAUUUCUUACUUGUUACCAAGCCUUACAUCUACUUCCUCUGAAUGCUAGCAACAGAAAUGAAGCUUAAAGUUAGUUUCUCCUGAAAGGCCUUGGGCAUGAGGGGCAUCCUUGAAUAAACCAUUGUGAAAACUAGUUGUUAUUUGUCUUUUAAGUAUAAGGAGGUACUUCGUUCCAUUGACGACUGUGUUAUAAAUGUACAUAUAUUUGUAGAGAAACACUGAUAGAAGGGGAGAUCAAGAGCGAGACAUUGAAUUACAUGCAAUCAGUGUAACUCAAGUGCUGAAAAUUUGUUUGAGAAGCUGUCUUUUUCUUUUUCUUUUUUCCCCUUCUGCAUCAAAAUUGAGAACUUCGAUGUGUAAUAUUCUAUAUGUAAGUCGUUCCUUUCAGUUGAACACAAAAUUUAAAUGAAGGCGAUCUUUUGCA